AUGUCGUUCCUGUUCGGUAGGGCACGAUCUCGCGCCGCGGUCGACCUGCCCAGACAGGCCAGAGAGCAUGUACUACGCCUCGAGGGCCCAAACCCCGCGGUAAAGGCCGAAGAGCUAUCACGGGUUCUGAACCAAAUGAAAACCGUCCUACAAGGAACACAAGAAACGGACAGCUCACCGGAACAAAUUUACCAACUUGUAACUGGCCUUAUCGACGAAGAUCUACUCUACCUUCUUGCAAUUAAUCUCUAUCGUCUGCCAUUUGAAUCGCGAAAGGAUACCCAAGUUAUAUUUUCCUAUGUGUUUAGGUUUCGACCCGCAUCUGCAGCUCCGAAAAGCGAUCCCAUCGCUCUGUCAUAUGUCGUAUGCAAUCGGCCACAGGUCCUGGUUGAACUGUGCCGAGCGUAUGGUCACAAAGAGAGUGCAACGCCAGCUGGAUCCGUCCUACGGGAAUUACUGAAGAAUGAGGCUGCAGCAGCUGUCAUACUCUACGACGACGGGGACGAACCUGGCUCCAGUGCCAAGGGUUUGAAUGCUAUUGAUCGCGACCGCCCGCAAAGUGGCAGGGGGGUGUUCUGGAGAUUUUUCGAUUGGAUAGACAAGAGUUCAUUUGAGGUAGCGGCCGAUGCAUUUACCACAUUCAGGGUUUUGCAGGAAUUAUUGACCCGGCACAAGGACCUCGUUCCACGAUAUCUCUCGGUAAACUUCGACAUGUUUUUCGAGAAAUACAACGGUACCCUGGUGCAAUCCGGUAGCUAUGUCACCAAGCGCCAAUCCAUCAAACUUCUAGGAGAGAUUUUACUGGAUCGAUCCAACUACAGCGUCAUGACCGCGUAUGUCGAUCAGGGAGACCACCUUAAAAUAUGCAUGAAUCUGCUCCGCGACGAUCGGAAGAUGGUCCAAUAUGAGGGCUUUCAUGUGUUCAAAGUAUUCGUUGCUAAUCCACACAAAUCUAUCGCCGUGCAAAAAAUCCUCAUUAUGAACCGCGAAAAGCUUCUGACAUUUCUUUCGCAUUUCCUUGAAGAUCGGACUGACGACGAGCAAUUCAUCGAUGAAAGAGAAUUCCUCAUUAAGCAGAUUCGAAAUAUGCCCCCCAACCCAGUUCCCAUGCAAAGAUGA